CUAACGAAUUUGCAAAAAGUAUUGCGUGUGAUUUUUUGAUCUCUGUUUCUCAUCUUAAUUUAGUUGUUAACUUAGAUACUGUUAACGGGAAGUUGUAGUUUUUAGUAAAUACCACUUAUUUAAAAUAACUUUCUUAUCUAUGACACAACAGUGAAAGGCUAUUAAAAAUGAGUGAUUCAAAGACGUUCGUAAGUUUCUCUUGUCAGCGUUGUUUGCAGCCUUUGAAGCUGGACGAUUCCCUGAACAACCUCGGCGAGCAUACUAUCGCCGACUUAACCCUUCAAAUUCGAAGAAAUAACGAGGCGGACUUGGAUUUGCAGUCGUCCAGUCUUGAUCAUUAUGUUCCACCGUUUCGUAUGUCGGAGUCCGGUAACGGUGCCAACGGCUUCAUGGUAAUCUCGGACGGAUGGGAGACCACCUCCUUAGGUCACCAGCUCCAUGUAAAAGCCACUUUAUUUGAUCUAUUAUCUAACAAUUCUUACGUCGACCAUCCCUUAUGCGAUGAAUGUACAGAUACAUUAUUAGAGUUAAUGGAUAAUCAGCUAAAGCAAACGGAAGCCGAAUGGAAGGACUAUAAUGAUUAUUUAAAAAAAUUAGAAGAUGAUAAAGAGGAUUUGAAUUUGGAAGGACUUGAGAAAGAAUUGGACGAUUGGAAACAAGAGCAGAGUAGAUUGUUGCAAGAGCUGCAGGCUUUGCAGAAAGAAGAGCGAGCAAUGAAUGAGGAAAUAGAGAUUCAGGAGAGGGAGAAAGAGAGGCUAGAUAAAGAACAGGAUGUGUAUUGGAGGGAGUACACGAAAUACAGAAAAGAUUUAAUGACAACAGAAGACCAAAUGAAGUUUUAUGAAUGUCAGCUGGCAUACACACAGUCACAGUUGGAAAAAUUAAAAAAAACGAAUGUCUUCAAAGCUACCUUCCAUAUAUCAGACUCUGGUCAGUUUGGAAUAAUUAAUAAUUUUCGCUUAGGUCGCUUGCCUACUGCACCGGUUGAUUGGUCGGAGAUCAAUGCGGCAUGGGGUCAAACUGUAUUGCUCCUCUCUUCGUUAGCCAGAAAAAUUAAUUUUAAUUUCCAGCGCUACAAAUUAGUACCAUACGGGAAUCACUCAUACAUAGAAGUCUUGGAAGAUCAGAAAGUCUUACCGUUAUACGGUUCGGGUGGUUUCCGGUUUCUCUGGGAUACAAAAUUCGAUGCGGCAAUGGUAGCAUUUUUAGAUUGCCUGCAACAGUUCAAGGAGCAAGUGGAAAUGGGUAAUACGGGCUUUUGUCUUCCGUACAGAAUAGACAAAGGCAAAAUUGAAGAUACAGCAUCUCCACCACAUGCGUACUCCAUAAAGAUCCAGUUCAAUUCUGAGGAACACUGGACCAAAGCCCUUAAAUAUAUGCUGACGAACUUAAAAUGGGCCUUAACAUGGAUAUCGUCACAGUUUUGUGAGGACAAAUCUGAGCCACAAUAAUUUAUUAUGGAAAGUUCAUUCUUUAUCUUUAUUCUAAAUUCAAUAUGAAUAUAUUGUGUUUUCAUAUUAAUGUUAUUGAAUAGUCUCCCGAUGUUUUAACAAGGACAGUCUGCAAUAUCCGUCUGAAUCGUGGGAGUGAAAAGAAUGUCCGAUUUUAUUAAUGACAUUUGAACAUGUCCAUAUUGUAUUAGCAAAUUGUAAAUAAAUUAUUAGAACAUAGUUUAAUUUUAGAUAUAGCAUUAUUAUAUUGAUGAAAAUUAUUUUGUUAGAUUUCAUCUUUGUACUCAACCUGCCAAAAAAAGCAUAAUUCUAGAAAAAAAAAUUAGGUUUCAUCAUCACAAAAACAUCAUGCGUUUUAACAUACUGUUGAAUUUUCCAAUAAAAGUUAGCUAACACGUACAACAAUGUUGAAAAGUAAUGUCUUAUUAUUUAAUUCACUGAAUUACAAGCUUAUGGCUCAAUCACACACAAUCACACAGUUAGCAUUUGAAUCUGGUACAGAACCAUGAGCUAGUAGUAUUUUGUCACUAUCGGCAGCUAUGUUCUUUUUUUAUUGCUUACUACUUACUACCUGCCGACUAACAAUAGUGGUGAUAAUAGUUUUAGACUUCACUUUUGUACAAAAUGUCCAAUUAUGUAAGUAUAUUAAAUUAUUCUUACAUAAAUCUUGUAAUUAGAAGUAUUAGUUGCCAGUGUGAUCACUAAAAUUUUUUUUUUUUAUUGGCAAAUAGAAGCGUAGUCUAGUUAGUCGGUUUAUUUAAAAGUUAGUAAUUUUGUGUCUCUUUAAAUUGAAUGAGCCCCUAGUAUUGAUUCCUUUUUUUAGAUAUUUAACGUGUUAUGUUAGUCCUAUUUGCUUUUGCUAGUACAAGUCGCUGGAGAACAUACUGGAAAACAAACUGUAUAAAACUUUUUUUUGUGAUAAAUGUACUGUGAUUCUAAAAUAAUGUGUAAGUGCAUUCUUUCUGUAAACCUAUGACAAAUAUAAUAUGAUAAAUAUGA